GCGCCACACACACCCCUUUUGCCAUGCUGACUAGCACUGUUGACUUGAACUUCCAACUAACUUGAACUGGAGUUGAUCCAUUUACUGCUCUUCUUCAACCUGCCUUCUCUAAGUACAAAAUGGCCCAAAGUAGAUCUAGUCGUAGAGCAAGUGAUGAUCUGGCUGUGCAAACUACAAAUGAUGAUGCUACAUCAUGUAAAAGAUAUGCUACACAGAAGGGCUACUGGGAGGACGACUUUGUCAAGUAUUUUUGCAGAACCUCAGAUCGUAAAUCUCCGGAAAUAAACAGAGGUUAUUUUGCGAGGGUCAGAUUGUAUCAGCUGUUAGUCGAGAAGUUUCUCUCGCUAGCGGGUGAGGAGAGUCAGGUGAUCAACUUUGGAGCAGGCUAUGACACGCUAUAUUGGACCCUCAGUGCAAGAUCGCUCAGACCGAAGCUGCUUGUCGAGGUCGACUUCGAAGCCGUGACAGCAAGAAAAUGUUACUAUAUCAGUAGUAAAGAACCAUUGAGAGAAGUUUUAGUAGAUCCUGUGAUAGAAAAAGACUCCAUCUCCUCCAAGCACUACAAACUACUAUCAGGAGACCUCAGAGAUAUGGCUACUGUCGGCGAAAAGCUUCUGAGUAGUGGAGUCGAUACCAGCCUUCCCACUUUGUUCCUGACCGAAUGUGUACUUGUGUAUAUGGAUCCAGACAAGUCCAGAGAAGUGAUUCGAUGGGCUGGAAACAACUUCUCCACUGCACUAUUCUUGAACUACGAGCCAAUUUUCCCCGAUGACAGUUUUGGACUGACCAUGCAGGCAAAUCUUGCACACAGAGGUUGCUCUCUAUUGGGUAUCAAUGCAUGCCCUGACCUGGAGUCACAGAAACAGCGUUUCCUUGGAAAUGGGUGGCAGUGUACUUGGGCAUUAGAUAUGGCAGAGGUCUAUCAACAGCUACCUAAGAAUGAAAUACAAAGAAUUGAGAGGUUAGAGUUUCUCGAUGAGAAGGAACUGUUAAUACAACUGCUACAGCACUACUGUGCCAGCUGUGGCUACACUGACAAGAAAAGAAUAGGUUUGGACAAGGUCAGAUUAUCAAAGAACUCUUGACAAACAUUAUGAUGCAUGACACAUGUAUGAUAUUCACACUCAAUGUUCAAUGUUCAUCAUAAAUUUAAUUUGCACAAAA